AUGGCCAGCGAAACGAUAGCCAUGCAGCAAACGCUGGCCACCGGCCCUGCCUCAUUGCCAUUCUCACUCUCAAACAUCUCCAAACUAUCACGCGAACAGGCGGGCCACCUGCGGCAUUUUCAUAACCUGGCAAGUCAGAAGGAUGGCCAAUGGAAUUACAUGGGCGCCGAGGAUCCCGGGCAAGAGGACUACGAGGCAUACCGGUACCAGAUUGCCAAUAUGGUCUAUGCCAGCAGUAUAACACACUACCAUCGACUCCCGGCGCUCCGGGGAGUCUUCAAACCACUUAUUCGUCGUCUUAUCCACAAGAUGCUUCGGCGUGACGUCUGGGGAUACUGGUUUAAUACAUCCCUAGGUGGGAAAGCCAUCGAUCCUAGUCUGGAGAAGCUUCGUGAACCCUGGCCGGACCCGGUUAUCCGCGAAAAUAUUAUGUAUUCAGGCCAUCUAUUGCUUAUGACUAGCCUAUAUGCAAUGCUAUUUGACGACGACGAAUUCGAGAAACCAGGCUCUAUCGUCUUCGAUUGGAAUCCCUUAUGUUGGGGCUUAGGCCCUGAGAAGUUUACGUACUCUAACCCAGAGUUACAGAAGAUCAUCGUCGCUGAGAUGGAGAAGAAUGGCUGGCUUGGUGUGUGUUGCGAGCCUAAUCUCGUCUUUAUUAUCUGCAACCAGUAUCCACUGAUCGCUAUUCGGUAUAACGAUAUACGUAAUAAGACCUCGGAGCUAGAUCCCAUUUUGAUGAAAUACCUCGCGGCGUGGAAGAAGAAGGGCAUGAUCGGACCCACGGGACUUUUUAGCAGUUAUUGGGUGGUGAAGCAGGACCAUGUCGUUCGCUGCGAUGACCUACUCCACACAGCGUGGGCGGGUACUGUCUUAAAUACCUGGAAUUCAGACCUAGUUAAGUCUCUGGCGGAGAAGCAACUGCUCGGCUUUAUCACCAAAAUUGAUGGUAAAGUCCGUCUUCAGACAGCGAAUGUCGGUAACGCCAUUCGUAAGCUGGGGGCGGAAAAGCCUCAAGAAUACCCAGUCGACUCCGCUCGGACCGUGUUGGAGGCUGUUGCUUUGACGAAGAAUCCGGACUCAGGCUUGCCCGAUGCUCAGGACAAGAACCCUGUAUUCGGCCACACUGUCGAAUUUCUCAGCGAACUGGGCCGAGAAGAUUUACUUUCGGGCUUGCUCGAUUAUGCCGACGCCUGCCUGCGACCGAUUUGGGAGAACGGCGGGCUCUUCUAUCCUCGUCAGGAUACCUUGUUAUCGGAGAAUGGUGAUUGGGACUACAUGGAUCCUUACACGGGCAACACUUCUAUAGGAUAUGCUCGCCUCAAUGUGGUAGAUGGUCAGAAGAAGAUGUUCGAGAAGCCAUGGACUAGCGAGUCCUUGGCUCAGGCACCCUACGUUGACAAUGUGGAUCUCUCACAAGGAGUCGACUUUUUAAGAGGAGAGUGGGUGGAAGAGCACGCAGCAUUGGUCGUGACCAUGAGGUCUUGGGAUGGAAAGACUCACAGGGUCGUGCCACAGAUCAACAACCUGCACGGUAAUUGGGCAGUGUACAUUUGUGGUCGCUUGCAGCGAGAGGAACAUGUGUCGGACGGGACGUGCUUGAGGGUGCCGAUCGAAGUUGGCCCACAGGAAGAGAUGGAUCUCGUCCUGCUUCGCGUAUAG